UCUUUUAUCGAUUAUGUUGACUGAUUCAGGUCUGACACUAAAUAAAGCCUGAGAGCUGGCUCUCUUGUAUUUGAACAGCCUAACAGUGAACAGCUAUUUUUUAUUUCUCCGAUCAUUAUAACUGGCGACGAGUGAAAAGUGACCAGCGGUGGUGGUGGACGGUGUAGAACAAUUAAAAUAUAUAUAUAUAUAUUAUACUGACGGUGCCUAUAGUUUUGAGGCAAUUUUGUAAACGAAUUUAUUCAACAUUAUUGGAGCGUUACCAAUUCCGGUGUUCAGGAGGAGCGCUAAGAAAAUUGUGCGUGAAUUUUAUAAUUUUUCUCACUGCAGAAGACGGCGUACUGCAUGAUACGCCAUUUUGCACGCGGUUCGGAUAAUUGUUCUGAGCGGUAGCCAUCGCUACGGUGAGCGUUUGAUAGCGCUGUUCCAGCUUGUUUGGCUGUAAUAUCGACAACCAGGAUUAGAAAAUUCCAGUUGACUGGUGGAUUUAAAUUAAGACAAAAAUUAAAAAGGAAACGCUUGUGGAAAAAUUUUUUGCACGAUAGUUCCACUCAAGAUCGCUUUGUUGGCGGUUUAGGAGUGAGACAGGAAUAUUCUGGUAAGCGAAUUGUUUUAUUUCUUUUGUUUGAAUCUUUUGUGAUAAGCACUAUUGUUUAGGGUAUGGCUCAGUUUAAUAUGGCCGCUACCAUUGAACCUUAUCGUAAGGGUUCGUCCUUUACUGAGUGGGUUGAGCGUCUUGGAUAUUUUUUUUUGAUGAAUGAUGUGAAAAAUGAAAAUAAGAAAGCCCAUUUUAUUACCCUAAGCGGUCCUGCUGUUUUCUCAGAGCUAAAAUUACUCUUUCCCAACAACGAUUUAGCUAAUGUUGCUUAUGAAGAUAUGAUUAGUAAAUUAAAAUCGCGUUUCGACAAAACCGAAUCAGACAUAAUUCAGCGAUUCAAGUUUCAUAAUCGUUUGCAGAUGGUUGACGAAACUGCUGAAGAUUAUGUUCUUGCGGUGAAGCUUCAAGCCGAAUUUUGUGGGUUUGGGGACUUCAAGCAAGCGGCUGUUAGAGAUAGAAUUAUAUCUGGUAUACGUGACAAGGCGUUACAGCAAAGAUUACUCAAUGAAGAGAAAUUAACUCUUGAGUCUACUGAAAAAUUGAUUGCAACUUGGGAAAUAGCAGGGACCAAUGCAAAAACUCUUGGUAUAAAUUCAAAGGAAGAACAAAUUGCAUCGCUGAUACGAACAGAAAAAAAUCCAGGGUUCGCGUGUCGAAAAUUGGCUGCUGCUUUAGAUUCGGCCAAUAAAAUUGAAAGUAAUCCUUCAUACAAUAGAGUUUCAGUUAAAAGUCGUUUGGGUGGUAGCCCAUAUAAUAAAAACUGGAAAGGCUCUGCAUGGAAUAAGAAGGUACAUUUCCGGCCAGCGGAGUGGAGAAGAGGAGAGGAAGAUCAGCGAACGGAGAGCCGAUUCUGCGAUUUUUGUGGAAUAAGAGGACAUUUGAAACGCAAAUGUUUCAAACUGAAGAAUUUAAGGAAGGAAUCGGUAAAAUUCGUAGAUUCUACAGGUUCGGAUUCGUUAAGCAAACUGAUGGACAAGAUGAAAGCAAACGACUCGGACAGCGAUGAUGAAAAGGAUAAUUCAGGUGAUUUAGAAUGCAUGCAUAUAUUUUCUAUUCACAAUAUAAGCAAUCCAUGUUUGGUUGAUUUAUUUAUUGAGGGUAAAAGCAUAAAAAUGGAAGUAGAUUGUGGGUCAUCGGUUACGGUAAUGGGUAAAUACCAGUACUUUUCUAUUUUCACGAAUAAAUUGAAGAAAUCGAGCAAGCAACUAAUUGUUGUAAAUGGUGCAAAGUUGGUAAUUGAGGGUGAGGCGACGGUUAGAGUUGUAUUUAAGGGAAAAAAAGCUUUUUUAAAAUUACUGAUACCGGAUUGUGAUAAUGUUUUCACCCCAUUAUUAGGCCGGCCUUGGUUGGAUGUAUUUUUCCCAGAAUGGCGAAAUUUUUUCUCUCACUCGAUUUCUGUUAAUAAUGUUUCAUUAGAUGAUAGUGUCAAGUGUGCGGUUGUACAAAGUAUUAAAAGUAAAUUUGCCAAUGUUUUCACUAAAGAUUUUUCUACUCCCAUUAAAGGCUAUGAAGCUGAUUUAGUUCUAAAAGAAGAUGUACCGAUUUUUAAAAAGGCUUACGACGUUCCCUAUAGAUUGAGGGAGAAAGUUUUAGAUUAUUUGACGAAGCUAGAAAAUGAGAAAGUUAUUACUCCUAUAAAGCAAAGUGAAUGGGCAUCUCCAGUAAUAGUUGUCAUGAAAAAAAAUAAUGAGAUAAGGCUUGUAAUUGACUGCAAGGUGUCAAUUAACAAAUGUAUCAUACAAAAUACCUAUCCUUUACCUGUUGCACAAGAUUUAUUUGCGGGGCUUGCAGGUUGCAAGGUUUUUUGUGCUUUGGACCUUGAGGGGGCAUACACACAAUUAUCAUUAUCUAAUCGGUCCCGCAAGUUUAUGGUUAUUAAUACAAUUAAAGGGUUAUUUACAUAUAACAGGUUACCACAAGGGGCUUCCUCUAGUGCGUCAAUAUUCCAGCAUGUUAUGGAUCAGGUUUUAAAGGGAUUAGAAAAUGUAUUUUGUUACCUGGAUGAUGUUUUGAUUGCAGGAACUGAUAUGGAGGAUUGUAUCAGGAAAGUGUAUUUGGUACUGGACAGAUUAUCAGAAGCUAAUAUAAAAGUAAAUUUAGAAAAAUGCAAAUUUUUUGUAGCGGAAUUAGGUUACCUUGGGCAUGUUAUUAGUGAAAUGGGACUUUUGCCUUGCCCAGAAAAAGUUUUGACAAUUCAAAAGGCCAAAAUACCCAAAAAUGUGACAGAGUUGAAAUCUUUUCUGGGUUUGAUUAAUUUUUAUAACAAAUUCAUACCACAUUUAUCUUCAAAAUUGUAUCAUUUAUACAAUCUUUUGAGAAACAACGUUAAAUUUGAAUGGAAUGAUGAAUGCAGUCAAGCUUUUGAGGCUGGUAGGAAGGCUUUGCUGGCCACAAAAUUUUUGGAGUUUUUUGACCCAAAAAAACCUUUGGUGGUAGUAUCGGACGCUUCAGGUUAUGGUCUAGGUGGAGUAAUCGCUCAUUUAAUAGAUGGAAUAGAAAAGCCUAUUUGUUUUACGUCUUUUUCAUUAAAUAAUGCACAGAAAUCCUACCCUAUUUUACAUCUGGAGGCUUUAGCUUUGGUGUGUACCAUAAAAAAAUUUCACAAAUAUUUGUAUGGACAACGUUUUACAGUAUACACAGACCAUAAGCCUCUGGUUGGUAUCUUUGGUAAAGAAGGAAAAAAUUCCAUUCUUGUGACUAGAUUACAGCGCUAUGUCUUGGAACUUUCGAUUUAUGAAUUUGAUAUACAGUACAGACAAUCUGCAAAAAUGGGGAACGCGGAUUUCUGUUCGCGAUUUCCUUUGGAACAAGAGGUUCCAAGAGAUUUGGACACAGAAUUUAUAAGAAGCGUUAAUUUCGGUAAGGAAUUGCCAAUUGAUAGUGCUCAGAUUGCAUUGGAGACAAAAAAUGAUUCAUUUCUGCAAAAUAUUUCCAAAUUCAUGAUUAAUGGUUGGCCAAAACGAUUUGACAAAAGCUAUGUUAACGUUUUUUCAAAUCAACAUGAUUUGGGUAUUAUUGACGGGUGUUUGUUGUAUAAAGACAGGAUGAUAAUACCGCACAAAUUACAAAGCGGAAUUUUGAAACUUUUACAUGCCAACCAUGCAGGGAUUGUGAAAAUGAAGCAAUUGGCUAGACGAUAUGUUUUUUGGUUUGGGAUUAAUAAGGACAUUGAAAGUUUUGUGGCUUCUUGUGAUGCUUGUAAUGGUAUGGUGAUAGUACAUAAACCGAAGAUAACAUCUAAAUGGAUUCCAACGACGAGGCCGUUCAGUAGAAUACACAUUGAUUUUUUUCAUUUUUUACAAAAUACCUUUCUAUUGAUUGUGGACAGCUAUUCUAAAUGGAUAGAAAUAGAGUGGAUGAAAAAGGGUACUGAUAGUAAUAAAGUAUUAAAAAAAUUGGUAGCAUUUUUUGCUCGUUUUGGACUGCCGGAUGUGUUGGUGUCUGAUGGAGGUCCACCAUUUAAUUCUUAUUUCUUUGCAAGCUUUUUGGAAAGGCAAGGAAUUAAGGUAUUUAAAAGCCCGCCUUACAACCCAACAAGCAAUGGUCAGGCAGAAAGACUGGUUAGGACAACUAAGGAAGUUUUGAAAAGAUUCUUAUUGGAUCAGGAUGUUAAAGAUUUAGACUUAGAAGAUCAAAUAAGUUUUUUCUUAUUCAACUAUAGAAAUUGUUGUUCUACUUUGGAUGGUCAUUUUCCAGCUGAAAGAAUCUUUUCUUACGCGCCUAAAACUUUACUUGAUCUAUUGAACCCAUUGAAAUCCUACAAAAAACAACUAAUUAGCCAUACUUAUAAAGAUAAUUUGCCCAAAAAUAAUGAUGACGUAGGCAAACCGACUAAUGUCGUUUGUCCUGCAAAGGAGUCAACUGACCCUUUGGAUAGUCUGAUGGUGGGUGAUGAAGUUUGGUAUAAGAACCAUAAUCCUCACAAUCAGGCUAGAUGGAUAAAAGCAUCAUAUUCAAAAAAAUAUUCUCACAAUGUUUUUCAGAUAUUCAUUGGAAGCGUCGAAAUUAUGGCGCAUCGUCAUCAACUUCGGGUUGUUAGAGCUAGCGAGCGAAAUGUUCGGCCAAACGUGGUGAUUUCCACUUUGGUUUCGGAUGGAUCUAAAGGAUAUGCGGAAGAUAUUGUCAGUGAGGAGGAAUUUUGCGGAUUCCCUGAGGACGAUCGAGUUCCAGGAACUAAAAGGAAACAACAUGAGGCAGGAAUCUGCCCAACCCAACAGCAACUUCGACGAUCGAAGCGAGUUCGAAGAGCAAAAUUGGAUAAUCGUUUUGAAUAUUGAAAGUUUCAAAAGAUAGU